UGAGUCGAUCUUAGUUUCGUUCCAAUGCCAUCUUGUCGGCAUGAUGUUUUCUGUGUCAUGUGUUUAGGUUGUCAAUAUACCAAAUUAUAACUUUCGUUUUAUCGUUUCCCAAUAAGAUUAAUUUUGGAUUCGGAGAAUUCAUCGGGAGUGAAGCGUUAACCCUAAUCCUCCUCUACUUGAUUGGAUUAGGUCGCGAUUCUGUCGACAGCCCAACGGAGGUUUGUUUUGUUCUUCGCAUGAUUUUGUGUGAAAUGAAGGUCGGAAUCGAAGUUAUUUCGAUCCGUUCGUCGAACGCACCCAACUAGGUAGUAUUGGACAUAGCGUACAGAUAAAUGUUCAUUGUUUAAAACUGUGCGGGAAGAUUGAAUAGAACCUGGAAAUGGAUUCUGGCCGGUAUUAUUCCAGCGACGAAGAGUUACCGCCUCGGGAUGUGUUCAGACCGAACGAAGCUUCCUCCUCGCGAUCCGGAUCCGUGGGCAAAUCUAAUAAUAGUUACAAAAGUCACGCUUAUUCCCCUGAAAGGACCAGCCCUCCUUAUUCCAAGCACAGAUCCAAAGAAGACAAAAAGUACUAUGACAGACACAAGUCUCACAGAAGAGAUAUAUCCAAGGACAGACAUUCUCAGAAAUAUGAAAACAGAAGCCGUAGUCGGAGUCGGAGCAAUCGGUCGAGAAGCAAUAGCAGAGUGAAAUGCUCGAGAAGCAGAAGCAGGGGGAAGCGGUCAAGAAGCAGAAGCCCAAGACGCUCCUACAGGGAUUACUCUCCGAAGAGAAACAUAGACUAUGCUGAAAGGAGUCCAAGGAGGAAACACGAUACAAAGUCAAACAAGCUGUCAAUACUUGAAAAAAUGGGAAUCGAUUUGAAAGUACCUGAAAAUGAGAAAGGUGGUUCCAGUUCGAUUGUACCUAGUUAUUAUAAUCCUCUUGUCGCCAACCCGGCCAAGUAUGCUGAACAGAUCGCCAAAAGGAAAUUGUUAUGGAAUAACAAAAAAGUGAGUAAAGAUGAAGGUGAAACGGUAAAAAAUGCCAGCAUAUGGCAGGGUGCUAAGUUCUCUCAGGAUCAAGACGGGAAGAUGACUGCCAAGUUCCAACGGCUGAUGGGAAUGAAGGAAGUUCCACCUAAAGAAGUGCAAACGGAGCAAGACGGUAAAGUCAAGGAUUUGUUCAAAAAGCAAGAGGAGCUCUUUUCCUCAAUGGAAAUGCAGUACGAAGUGGCAAGGGCAACUACACAUACUCAACGCGGUGUUGGGCUAGGCUUUGGACCUCGACACAUACCGUGAUUUUACUUCCUACUGUCAUCAACUUGACAUGUAUUAUUUUACAUAUGUAUUAUGUGACAAAAUUAUUAGGCAUAAAAUUAAUAAUUCCAAAAGAUAUACAGUACUGUACAAAUUUAAAGUUGUCUGUAACUAAAUUGAAAUGAAAAUAUGGCCUUUUCAAUUAUUUUAAAGAAAAAAUAUGCCAAGGAUAAAGCUUCUGUUUUCACCUUAUUUUAGUAUUUGUAUCACAAAUACAACAUUUAAAAUUA